CCUUAAAAAGAGACACUGUAAAGGUAAAUAACAGGAGCGAGCAGCAGCCAUGGUACCAAACAUUUUUAUCUCCAGAGGACUAAACUGUUGUUAUCUGGAGAUAAAAGACAGUGCUCAUAUCUUGUUUUUUAAGACUGUUACUCUGAAAUUAGGAUUCAACAAACAGAUUAUCUCAACAGAAAUUUGUUGUGUCUUUAUUUUUCAUUUCAUAUUUCAGUAUCAUAUAUAUUGUAACAUUUCCUCAGAGUUUUGGAAGCUGUUUGUAUUUAAUAUAACCUGACAGAUUGAAUAACCUUAUCACACUCAUGCAAAAAUCAUUCAGAAAUCCAGUAACGGUCUUGUUAAACAUACAUAUGAGCAGCGUCCCUGACUGCUGUGAGCUCCACGCUGAUGCCUGUCAUAAUGUUAAAUACAGACGGGUGACAUAGAUGUUUCUGUCCACGUUCAGCUGUACGAUGUUAAUAUGAGACUGUCAGUGAAACACAAACUGAUUAAAUAUCCUGACUGUGGUUUUUCCCUUGAUAAGAUGUUUUGUUUCAGUGCAGUAUGAUGCCAUAUCACGGCGCUGUUCUUCUUUUCUUCACUGAAACGUAUAAACACGUCCCAGUGAGCACUGGUUCAGUGGUUUGAAGGUGAAAAGAUGCAAAGAAGCUGAACUUGGUUUUGAUGAAAAGUUCUCACAACUAAACGACAAAAUCAGGAGUAGGUUUAGAAACUGAAGCCCCCUUUCCACCACACACUUUUGGCAUGGUACCUUUGGAACCAAAAGUAACCCUUCAGACAUGGUACCUAGACCACCGCAAACAGUACUCUUAAAUGUGGGCGGGGUUGUCGUCACUCACUGCUCCGUCUAGCACUCACUAUAUUUCCUCCUUUAUCAGUCUGCACCUCAUUCAUCAUCCACAGAACGAGGCUGCACGCCGACAUUUUCAGAACAAAAUAGAACAGGCUGCAGUGAGAGUCUCUCUCCAUGGGAUAUGGGAUAUUUAAGUUUACAGCUCCACCUUUUAGUACCAGAUCUGUGUGCUAGGUACCCCAACAGAAGGGGGACCAAACAUGGGGCCGGUACGGAACGGUUCUAUUGGUACCAUCCACAACUUUUCACAGUGGAAACAGAAAAAAAGCUUACUGAACUGAACUGAAACAUAUUGUACUGCUUGGUGGAAAUGGGGUUAAAGUCACUCUACUUCCUCCUUUGCUUCAGAGAGGAGCCAUUAUCCACACGACCAAAGAGGCAGAAAAAGUAAAAAAAUAAACAAACCACAAUCGAAUAAACAACUGAUGGUGAGAUGUUUCUCAUGAGGACAGUUUCAGACCACCCAAACUGUGCUGACUGGGAUGGAUUUAGAUUUAAAACAAAGCUCAUGACAUCACUGACCAUGCUUCCUUUCAGGGGAAACACAAACCGUGGACAGUCAUGCUGAGUCUCAGUGGCAUGUCUCCACCAGCCUCACCAGUAUAAAGAAACCUUCCAUUGGCCAAAAGCCAGUUUUCAUCCAGCCAAUCACAAGCUGCACGGUGCCACACGGCGAGGUGGCACGCUUUCAUGCAUGUGUGUCCGGCAUGCCGAAGCCGGAGAUAAGCUGGUUCCACAACCGGCAACCGGUUCAGCCUACCAAGAACGUGGUGUUUCACUUCGAUGAGGUGACCAGCACCGCCAUGCUCAUCAUAGUCGAUGCUUUCGCUGAGCACGCAGGACAGUACACCUGCAGGGCUGCCAAUAACGCUGGAGAGGCCGCAUGCUCGGCCACCCUCACCGUAACCAGAGAAGAAGAAGGAUCAAACUCACCUCUCCACCCUCCUUCACCCUCCUCUCGUCUCCCACACAGGAAAACUGUGGAACAUGCAUGAAACUCACCUGUGUAACCUCCAUCCUCCAGGAAACUCCUUAUUUGUCUGAUUCCUGUGUUAAUGUCUGUUUCUUCUUUUGUCGCCGUGUUUCACCUUGUUCCUUUUGUUUGUGUUGUUUGAUUUCUCACUUCAAAAUCUAUUUUCUCAAAAAAUGCUGAUUAAAGCGCAGUAUGAGCCACAGA